AGUAAUCACAAGACUAGCAGAAUACUAAUAUUCCAGCUCAAAUUAAUAUGGAUUCCUUGGAAUGCCAUAUUUUGUUGCACAUGAAGCUACUGUUAGAUGUUGCUGAAAAUCUAAAAUAUCAUAAAAAAAAGAAACUGAACGAAGAGGCAGUGGUUCAUGAUGCCAGCAUGAUUUUGGGCCUAAGUGAUGAGGUGAUAUCGGAUGCUCUCAAAAAUCUUGCAAAAGCUGACAUUCUGGCUUUUCGGGAUAAUAUGUGUAUAAAUCACAAGAAUAGAAUGGAUCUCUCAAAGUGUCUGGUAGCAAAAUUCAUGGAAAAAACUCCAGAGACUUCGACAGAUAGCUUGGAUUCAGAACAUCAUCAGCCGCAUGCCCCAAGCUUUACCACUACCUCGCCCCAAACAUCCCCGGUUCCAAAUGGCAUUUACAGCUCCUUUUCCCAUCUGGCUUCCUCCUUUGUAGAGGUUCAGAAAGUUAUCGAAAAGGAAAGGGAAUUAAAUCGAUGGUUAAUAAUUGAGAAUGCUAAAUUUAAAUCGCAACUAGGAGAUUCUGCCGUAGCGGUUGAAAGCCCAAGCAGGUGUGAAAGUCAUUCAAACCCUGACAAUGAUGCCAUUGAGAACAAACAAACACCAAUUGUCCUCGAAGAUAUCAGAUCGAGAACAACGAUUGAAAUCGCUGCAAACAGAGCUAAAACCAGCAAAAAAGGAAAAUCGAAGUUAAAGGCUUCUAACUCGUUGCAAAAAAAGAUAAGACCAUCUCCAGAAAGUAAAACAGAUAUAGUUAUUGCCAAUGAAGCCGUCAACUCUUCUGCCUCUGUUUCUACGUCAAGGAAAAACAAACAAUCUGCGAAAGACAAGGAAAACACUGAUGAUAAUAACAUCGAAUCUAGCCAAAAAACAGCGAGGAAAACUCCCAGCGUCGGAUCAAAUUUGCAUGAGGAAAACACAGUAAACAGAUGUGUUGCUAGCCAACCACAGUCAUCGACAUCCAGCACAAAUAACCAAGGAGCAUGGCCAAAAAACACGGUUCUUAUCGCAGGAGAUAGUAUGUUGUCAAACAUUCACGAAAACACCCUAAGUCAGCGAUACCACACAAAGGUGCGAUGCUUCAAAGGUUCUACGAUCGCUGAUUUGUAUGACUAUUUGAAACCGUUGAUCAAAAAGAAGCCCGCAAAAAUCAUCCUAAUGGUUGGAACAAAUGAUUUGGUGAACCUGUCAGCCGCUGAAAUGACGAAAAGCAUCAAAUCCCUCUGUGAUUGGAUACUUGCAUCCAUUCCAGACUGUAAUAUCAUCGUCUCUGAAAUUGUAAGGCGUGAAGAUAAAAAGUUCCUUAAUGGAAAAGUUAGUGAAUUCAACCGUGCUUUGAAAAUGAUGAACAUGGACAUUCUGCGCCAACAAAACAUCACAAGUACUCAUCUGGGUAAGAAAGGGUUACAUCUAAAUUUCGAAGGCAACAGACAACUUGCCAAGAACAUCAUAGAAAAACUUCGAACAAUAUCUUUAUAGCAAUGAGUUUUAUUCGUGUAAUGACGGGGAGGGUCUGGUCCCUAAUUUCGUUAUAAAUGCUAAUUCCAUUUCAAACUCAGAGCCUGUUAACAAUUCUAGUAGUGUCGAUGAAAAUGCCGUUCAAGGGCCUGUUAUUUGCCCUUUGAGGCGAAGAAAGGGUGUGACCAUGGCAUCAUUAAAUGUAAAUAGCCUCAUUAUGAAGAUUGAUGAAAUAAGGUCGCUUGUAAAAAAUGAAAACAUUGAUAUUUUGGCCAUAAAUGAAACCAAAAUCGAUCACAAAGUUGACGACAGGCUUAUCUCAUUAGAUGAUUUUUCUCUUUGUAGAUAUGAUAGGAGUAGGCGAGGUGGUGGUGUUGCUCUCUAUAUCAGAAAUACAGUCAGGUUUAAACCCCGGGUAGAUCUUCCUAAUAAAUCGCUUGAGUUGAUUUGCAUAGAGGUAGAGCCCCCGAAUUCAAAUCCGUUCAUUGUCAUAGCUUGGUAUAGACCACCCAGUGAGCCUAAUUCUUGCUUUGACAGCCUUCAUGAAAACCUGAGCUUUCUUGAUGGAGAGGGGAAAGAAAUUAUUAUUCUAGGAGAUACUAACUGUGAUUUCUGUUAUAGAGACAAUACUCCGAGCCAUAUUAUGCAGUUACGUGAGCUGUACGACCUUUUUGAUAUGAAGCAGAUUAUUAAAGAGCCCACUAGGGUCACGUUAGAUAGUUCAACUUUGAUUGAUCAUAUAGCUACCACAAACUGUAACAAUAUUGCAGAGAGUGGAGUGCUUAAGAUUAGUCUUAGUGACCAUUAUCUUGUAUAUUGUGUUAGAAAGCUGCGUGGCGGUGUUAAACACCAGCACAAAUAUAUAACAUCUCGUCAGUUGAAGAAUUUUAAUCAAGAGGCUUUCCUCUCAGAUUUCUCUGAGGUUAAUUGGGAGGCACUUGUAGCUGAUGCUCAAGACAUUGAUGAUGCAGUACGCAAGUGGACCCAAAUAUUUUCGCUUAUUCUAGAAAAG